AUGACAUAUGCUCUUUGUGGUUUUAAAUGUAUCGAGGACGAAGGCAGCAAACUUGCCGCGAGUUGCACGCAUCAGUGUCACUUGAGACGAUAUGCCACAGAUAGCAACUUCUCCUCAGACGAAACUGUGCGAGGUAGAUCUCAUGACGGAAUAUUCCCACUGAGUUCGUCCAGAACCUCAAACAGCACGCUAUUAUCGACUCGACACCCUUCCGGGCCGCUAUUGCGAAAUCCCGGCCACAGCCUCUGUUUGAUCAAGUUGACAUCUGCACCUUGGAUAUUGUAUCGAUUUAUCAGAUCCUCUGCGAUCCCACAGAGGGUCGAACUGAGCGAGUUCUCGUCGUUAGGCCACAAUAUGUUUGAUCCCGGUCCACAAUCGCAUAUGGACGAUAUUGGAGGCAACCUCAAGCCAUUAUCGGUUGGUGUAAAUUCAUCGCUCACAUUCGGCAUCUGCGUUGCUACCGUCGCUACCGUCGCCACGGGAGGCAUAGGCAGCAACGUCGUGGGUUGCUCGGGCGUUGGAUAUGUCAAAGCAGAAUUUGCUGCAGGAGCGCAGCUUGAACCUGAUGAACAACAAGAUUCUGGUUCCCUGGCUGGCAACAAGCUCGGCUGGCAUUGUGUCGGGGUAUCUGGCCCAGCAGGAGAAUGCUGGCUUGACGAAGGCUGGGAUGGCGGUUUCGUCAGUGCCGGAAUCGCAAGUUUCCUCGAUGUCUCAGGAACCGAGCACUGA